UAGUAUAGGAAUUUCCGGUGACGUCAGUGCGUCUGGACUCCAUUACUGGGCUGCAGCUGUUUUGAGCGAAACAACAACAAGACACGGAGAGACAGGCGAAAAAAAACAGUGUUUCCAGGCGGUUUAAGAGCGUUGAAUCCCGGGGACUGACACCCCCUUUCCACCCCGGGCCUCACUGGCUUCUAACCACGGCCGCUCUCGGCGAGGAAACUCUGGCCUCCGCUUCCUCCUCCUCCGACUCGGACACCGACGGAGCGUCGCCGCCCCCGCGGAAGAAACACCGAGCCUCGGCGGCGGAGGGAGCAGGAGAGCCCGGGGCUUCAACAGGGACAGCGGGCCUCUCUGCGGUUGUAUUGGGACUAGCGACUCCGCAUCCUCCUGCUAUUCAUAUUAAUAUAAACCUUGUUAAUAAUAACAGUAACAGUAUGCAGGCCAACGGGGCAGGACAGGGACAGAACCAGGAACUUGCCUGUCUCUCUGCUGCCCAGAACGGGGAGUCCUCCUCCAUUGAGGAGGCCCAUUCUAACGGGCUAAUACCUAGUAAUAACAACGGAAAUAAUGUAAAUAAUAAUAACGGGGCUCCGUCAGGGGGUGACACAGGGGCCCCCGCUUCUUCUGCAGCUGCUGCUUCGGGUUCUGAGAUGGGGGCCACCUUGAAGAAAAAGAAAAGACUUUCACAGUCUGAGGAAGAUGUCAUCAGACUGAUAGGGCAACAUCUUCAUGGUUUAGGGCUUAACCAAACAGUUGAUCUGUUAAUGCAAGAGUCGGGAUGUCGUUUGGAACACCCUGCUGCCACCAAAUUCCGCAACCACGUCAUGGAGGGGGAGUGGGACAAGGUGGCAGAAAAUGACCUGAAUGAGCUGAAGUCAUUGAUGCAUUCUCCUAAUGCUAUUGUGAGAAUGAAGUUCUUGCUGCUGCAGCAGAAGUACUUGGAGUAUUUGGAAGAUGGAAAGGUACUCGAGGCUCUACAGGUUCUACGAGGUGAACUGACACCACUGAAAUACAACACGGACCGCAUCCAUCUCCUCAGCGGGUAUUUAAUGUGUAGCCAUGCUGAGGAUCUACGUGCAAAGGCAGAAUGGGAAGGAAAAGGGACAGCUUCACGGUCUAAACUUCUCGACAAAUUACAGACUUACUUGCCUCCAUCAGUUAUGUUGCCUCCUCGCCGUUUACAGACACUACUGCGUCAGGCAGUGGAACUGCAACGGGAUCGGUGCCUCUACCAUAAUACCAAACUUGAUGGUAGCCUGGAUUCAGUCUCGCUGCUCAUAGAUCAUGUCUGCAGUAGGAAACAAUUCCCUUGUUAUACCCAGCAGAUCUUGACAGAACACUGUAAUGAGGUAUGGUUCUGCAAGUUCUCCAAUGAUGGCACUAAACUAGCAACAGGAUCAAAAGAUACCACUGUUAUUAUAUGGCAGGUCGACACGGAAACUCACCAGCUGAAACUGCUGAAGACUUUAGAAGGCCAUGCUUAUGGUGUGUCAUACCUGGCCUGGAGUCCUGACGAUAAUUACCUUAUAGCCUGCGGUCCAGAUGACUGCUCUGAACUGUGGCUUUGGAAUGUACAGACCGGGGAGCUGCGGACAAAAAUGAGUCAGUCUCAUGAAGACAGUUUAACAAGUGUGGCAUGGAACCCUGAUGGAAAGCGUUUUGUCACUGGAGGACAAAGAGGACAGUUUUAUCAAUGUGAUUUGGACGGCAACCUGCUGGACUCAUGGGAGGGGGUGAGAGUUCAGUGUCUCUGGUGCUUAAGUGAUGGCAAGACUGUUCUGGCCUCUGACACACACCAGCGAAUACGGGGCUACAAUUUCGAGGACCUUACCGAUAGGAACAUAGUACAAGAGGAUCAUCCCAUAAUGUCUUUUACAGUUUCAAAGAAUGGAAGAUUAGCUUUGUUAAAUGUAGCAACUCAGGGAGUUCAUUUAUGGGACUUGCAGGACCGAGUUUUAGUGAGAAAGUAUCAAGGCGUCACACAAGGAUUUUAUACAAUCCACUCAUGUUUUGGAGGCCAUAAUGAAGACUUCAUAGCCAGUGGUAGUGAAGAGACAAGGCGGAAGGAAGCAACAGAGAGCAGACCUGUUGGAGGAACACAGAGUGCGACCCGGGUAUGAUGUCACCAGCUCAUGAAUGUAAUCUGGACCAAGUUCCCAACAAGCCUUAAAUGUCAGAAGUAGGAACUUAAAAUCAAUUCUCACAGCCAUUGUAAGGAAGCAAAGCUUUAACAUAAGCUAAACUCUGAAAUAUCGGUCCCACUUGUAACAUACAAAACGCUGAGGCUUUCUGUUGCAUUUAUGGAUGAACUGAAAACAAACUUAUUUUUAUCAUAAAAUGGACACAAUGAUAAACACUAAUAAAUGUAGAAAAUGAUUUCCUACUGUCUUGGUUUGGUUGUAAUAAAACUAUUAAAUAAAAGAUAGUUUAAUGGCUGUUUUCUAAGAUAACGUUAAUGUGCACUGUAGAAAUCCAUAUGCUUGAAGGAAUCGUUUAUUUAUGGUUUGUUUUCUUUCCACUGAUGUGACUUAACCACACAAUCGUGUUAUUGUAUGGAUCUAAACAUACAGUACAGUCUUCAAAGUUCAAAGACUAGUACAGGCCAAUGGGGUGCUAUUCCACAGGGGGUAAUAUGGUCAUAAGUCAUAUGGUCUGGCACUUGGCCCCCGUCAUUAAUGCUUGCAGCUAUUAUUAUUAUUAUUAUUAUUAUUACUAUUAUUAUUAUUAUAAUGUGGACAAACGGGUUAUGACCUCUUACAUCAAUUACUCCAUUGUUGAGGGAAAGCCCUUGAAAUUUGCUUUAAAACGAUAACAAUGUCAACGUCAUUCCUCACAUGGAAAAAAAAAAUAUUGUUUUUAUCACCUUCAGACACUUUCUCGGCAUGAGAACAGAUAUUUUUCUGCAUGCACAAAGGGGCGCACAAUUUCCUCUAUCAUAUGCGAUUUGUGUGUCAUGCUCUGGAACCACUUUCUCAAUCAUAUACGGUUUCUGUAUCAACCACAAAUGAGGGCAACACCUCCUCAGAAUGUGGUCCACUUGAACUGGAAUGACCCUAUUAGUAGCUCAAUGUACUUGACACUUUCCUUUCAAACGUGGUCCUGGAUAAACCCAUUCAC